AUCAGGAAUUACUGCAAGCUGUCAAAACCGAAGAUGUACCUGCAGUGCAGAAGCUGUUGCAAAGGCCGAAACAAGGCAAAGCGAAGCUGUUAGGAUCUGCCAAGAGAGUGAAUGUGAACUUUCAAGAUCUAGAUGGAUUUUCUGCUCUGCACCAUGCUGCACUCAAUGGGAACACUGAGCUCAUCUCCCUAUUGAUUGAAGCCCAGGCUACGGUGGAUAUCAAGGACAAUAAAGCUAUGAGGCCGUUGCACUAUGCUGCGUGGCAAGGGAAGGCUGAACCAAUGAAAAUGCUCCUGAAGGCAGGGUCGAGUCUCAACUCCCAAUCAGAUGAAGGCCAAAUCCCAUUGCACCUUGCUGCGCAGCACGGACACUAUGAAGUGUCCGAGAUGCUUUUGCAACAUCAGUCAAACCCGUGUAUAGUGGACAUUGCUGGAAAGACACCUUUGGAUCUGGCCUGUGAAUUUGGCAGAGUUGGGGUGGUACAGUUACUCCUAAGCAGUAACAUGUGUGCUGCUCUUCUUGAAGCAAAGCCUGGGGACAUCACUGAUCCCAAUGGAACCAGCCCUCUACACCUAGCUGCCAAGAAUGGACAUAUCGACAUAAUAAGGCUUCUGCUGCAAGCUGGAAUUGAUAUCAAUCGUCAGACCAAGGCUGGAACAGCUCUACAUGAAGCCGCACUCUGUGGGAAGACAGAAGUGGUCCGUUUGCUACUGGAAAGUGGGAUUAAUGCACACAUCAAGAACACUUACAAUCAGACGGCCCUGGACAUUGUUCAUCAGUUUACAGCAACCCAAGCAAGCAAAGAGAUCAAGCAAAUGCUCAGAGAUGCCUCUGCUGCCCUGCAGGUCAGGGCUGUGAAAGACUACUGUAACAAUUACGACCUGACCAGCCUUAAUGUGAAAACAGGGGACGUUAUUACAGUUCUGGAGCAGCAUCCUGAUGGGAGGUGGAAAGGCUGUAUCCACGACAACAGGACUGGCAAUGAUAGAGUGGGCUAUUUCCCAUCGUCUAUUGCGGAGGUGAUUAACAAGAGAUCAGGUUCCCGUGGUUCUGAGUCGAGUCCUUCCCAUCUGUCUCCAGUGCAACCAGUCACGACCGCGCCUGAGGAGAUCUGGGUGCUACGGAAGCCAUUUGCAGGUGGGGACCGCAGCAGUGCAGGGAGCACAGGAAGCGUGGCCAGCGUUCGGAGCUCAGGAAGUGGACAGAGUGCAGGAGGCACCGCUACAGCCUCGGCUCCCGAAGGGAGUAAGUUACUACAAACAGUGCUAACUCCGAAGGGAUCCGCACCAGAGACUGCAGGAGGUGAAGGAGUCACCAAGUCAGAGCAGCCUGCAGGAGCUGCCCGGCACCAGAGCGGAUCCAGCUGCCCCUUGGCAGAACAACCAUACAGUGAGCCACAGCUGAAGAAAGCUGAGGCACAGUCAGAAACGAAGAGCCCAGAGACAGUUUAUAACUGGCUUAGUGAAUUCCAACUCCAGCAGUAUGCUGCUAACUUUAUCAAUGCUGGCUAUGACAUUCCAACUAUCAGCCGCAUGACCCCUGAGGAUCUAACAGCAAUUGGAGUAACAAAACCUGGACAUAGGAAAAAGAUUGCCAUUGAAAUAAAUCGACUGAAUCUCUCAGAGUGGCUGCCCAACUACCAGCCAAAUGACCUGAUGGAAUGGCUCUCCAUUAUUGGCCUGGCUCAAUAUUACAAGACACUAGUGGAGAACGGUUAUGAAAACAUUGAGUUCAUCACUGACAUCACCUGGGAGGACCUCCAGGAAAUUGGCAUCACAAAGUUGGGUCAUCAAAAGAAGUUUAUGCUCGCUGUGAAGAAAUUGGCAGAAAUCCAGCGAGCUACCCGCUAUGAGUCUGGCACCUUGAAGAAGAAAGCCCCCCAGUCGUUGGAAAUUGUGGCUAUAGAGUCUCCUCAGGGUGAAAAUGCUGAAUGCCAGUCUCCCAAGAUGUCUACCUUCCAGGACAGCGAGCUGAGCAACGAGCUGCAAGUUGCCAUGACCAGUGCCGGAGAUGGGAAGGACGGCCUUGAGCCGAAGCAAGCCAACCACGAAGGAGCAGGAGGAGGGAGCAAGCUGCAAAAGGCAGCCCUGUCCAAAAGCCAGGAAAACCUCGAUGGCCCCAGCCAACGAUCCAUCAUCACGGAAGUGGUCGGUCCCACAAGGCGCAGUCACCGGCAAGGGGUUCAAAGAGCGAGUGUGCCACCGGCACCUGGGAAGCCAAGAGAGUCCUUCUGUCACCCUCACCAAGCGCUGGUGUCGAUGUCAACCUUCACCCCACCGCAAACGCCCACAAAGCCCAGGCCUUCCUCUCCGCAGACCCUCAAUGUCCCUCAGGCCACGGCCAAAGUGAAGCCCAUCCCGCAGCUCCUGCAGACAGACCGGCCCAUGUCCCCGAGGUCUCUGCCCCAGUCGCCCACCCACCGAGGAUUCGCCUACGUGGUCCCACAGCCCGUGGAAGGUGAGGGGUCAGCAGCGCCUGGCCACACGUCGAGCCCGCUGGCGCAGGCCGUCCCUGUGCUGCCCAUCUCCGUCCCCGUGCUCUGCCUCCCUCCGCACACCGAUGAUUCCGAGGGAGACCCCUCGAGACCGAAGAAGCGGGCGCACAGCGUGAGCCGCUACGCCAUGUCUGACAGCGAGCAGGAGAAGGACGAGCUGGCCUUGCCCGAUGCUGGGCCUUAUGCCACGAUCCAGAGGCACGUGGCCCGCAGCCACUCGGUCAGGGGGCACUCAGCCGCUGCGGACAAAAACGUCAACCGAAGCCAGUCGUUUGCGCUGAGGCCGAAGAAGAAAGGGCCGCCGCCGCCGCCCCCGAAACGGUCGAGCUCAGCCAUAUCCAGCACCAACCUGGGUGAUGACCUGCCAAAGGAGAAGGAGAUGGGCAGCCUCAAGGAUCCCGACGCCAAGGCCAGGCUUAAGGAGCAGCGGAGAGCUAGUGAUGUCGGGGGAACCGUGGAAACGGGCAGUGUCGGCAGCGUAAAGAGCAUCGCCGCCAUGUUGGAAAUGUCGUCCAUCGGCGGUGGUGCCCGGGCCCUCACUCUGCACCGGUCGUUCAAGGCGGAAAAGGGCGGCGGCAGCACCUACGGCCCGAUGGUGCAGCCAGUGAGCUCGGAACAUUCCAGAGUGGCCACCGUGCUAGCCACCGUGAAGCGCGGGCCCCUCGACAGGUCCCGCGAUGCCAUCGGGCUGGACGGCGAGGUGAUCAACCGAAGGCGGACCAUCAGCGGACCCGUCACGGGCCUGAUCGUCGCUGCCAAGAAGGAGCGAGCCAACGGCGGGAAACCCGCGCGUGAAGCCGAGGCGCCCACCGACCGCCUUCAGGUGGAUCCGGCCGGAUCAUCAAGGAACAGCUCCUCGGAGAACCUGCCCUUCGCCGAGGAAGGAAACCUGACCAUCAAGCAACGGCCUCGCCAGCCGCUGAAAACCAACGGCGUAGAAUGUCUACCCCACCUCCAGAUCAACUCCGAGGCCGUGAGGCCACAGUAUUCCAGCCUCACUGCGUUCGAACUCACGAGCACACUGAAACGCAGAGGGAAGCCCAGACCCACCCAGCAGCAGGAGGUCAUGGCCUUCCAUUUAACAGAGUCAAAUACCGUCAAGCGGCGUCCAAAAACCAGGGAGAAGGAUCAACUGGAAUCUCCUCCAGAGGCCUAUCACCACGCGAUGCUUCAGAAUGGCACAGGAACCAUCAAGAGAAGGCCGGUGUCAGACAUGACAGGAGGAGAGACAUAUCCGAGCUUCUUAACUGUAGGAGAGAUCCCCCGAAGAAACAGCGGAGAUCACGCCUCCCACGUUUCAGACGGGGAGAUAAAAAGACCUGUUAAACCUCCAGUGUCUCCGAAACCCUCCCUUACCCAGCCAACAGGUUUAAAAAGACAUGGACCAUCAGCAGCGAGUGCCAAGAAGUCUCCAUUGCCCGGUCCUGGGAGUCCAGAAGUGAAACGUGCCCCACCCCCUGUGUCUCCGAAACCAAUCCUACCUCCCCCCCUGACCCCACCCAAACCCAUCAAACCCCACACCAUUCUGCAGUCCCUGAGUGCAGGCCCCACCCCUGUCCCUUCUCCUGCCAAGCAACCGACCAUCAAAGCAGCAAGCACACCGCCGUCCCUGUGUUCGAGCCCAGCUAAACCCAUCGCCGGUGCCCAGCCCCAGCAAGUCCCGGUCAAGCCACCCAGGUCCUCGAUAGCUGGCUCUUCCACUGAGAUGGCCACCACUGAAGUAGCACAACUGAAGCUGGAAGAGACCAGCGCUUCACUGGCAGCAGCUCUACAGGCCGUGGAGGAGAAGAUCAAACACGACGAGGGGCAACAAGUAGAGGCUGCAUCUGAAGUUAAGAGCACAGGCAGCAUUCUAGACGACAUAGGGAGCAUGUUUGAUGACUUGGCUGACCAACUGGAUGCCAUGUUAGAGUGAAGGCGAAGCAGUGAAAGGCAAGAAAACCUCAGGACUCAAAGUGGGCACAGUGAUCUUUAAAAUCCUAUCCAGACCAGUCUCAGACACAAUUCCCCUCUAUGAACCCAUCUGUUU